AAUUCAAUUCAAUUCUACACAGUUGAAAUGCAAGCCUCACCCUACAGUUCCAGAAAACAAGAUGAUUCUGAGUUCAAUAACACCAAGCCUAGAAGGUACUCAGCAUCAUAUAUAAGAAACAUUAGAGAAGACAUAACAACAACAACAACAAGGUCUUUUAGAUCAAACACAAUCAUUUCUAGCACUGCUUCCUCACCUGGAUACUCAUUUAAAGAUGAAAUAGAUCCUUCAACUUAUUCUUUCAAUACCGCUCUUAAAGCAUUGCAAACAAGGUACUGUAGAAGUAGCUCGGAAUGCUUAUCCCCAGAUGGGUUUGCAUUGAAUUCAAAGUGGAGUGAAGCAGAGAAAUAUAUAUGCAACCCAAUUUCAGGGGAGGUACCAAUGGAAUGCUUAUCAGCAAAAUCUCUUAGUGGAAGAUCAUUCAGAAAACCAUCAUCAACACUAAACACUACUAUUAGAGUAGUGUCUGAUCCUCUAGUUUAUUCUUCAAGACAUAUCCAAACAAAGCCUUCAAUCUACAGUAAUAUACAAGAAGAAGAAGAUGAUGAUGAUGUAGCUCUUCAGUUUCCAAAUCCAGAAAUAGAGAAAGAGGAAAUGACAAUAGAGACUGAUGGUACUCAAAAUACACCUCCUUAUCUUAGUACAAGCAGUGGCAAUAGUGCUCUAACAUCAUGCAUUCUGGAGAGAUCAACAAAGCCAUACUAUGAAGAUUCACCUAAUUCAAUUGUCAUAACCAAAUCUAAAGAAGAGGUAGAAAUGCAAGGUAAAGAAACAUGGGAAGCAAUAAAAGAAUCGGAAAGAAGAAAGAAUGAGUAUAUGAAGAGAGAUGUGCAACUUUGCAGGCGAAGUGGGUGUUUUUCAUGGAUGAAGCAUAAUAAGAGGCAUAGAGAGAAUAAUGAAAGACGCAGAAAGAAUACUACAUCUUUCUUGCAUUUUAAAGGUUGCUAAAGAAAGAGUUUGAAAAUAUCUUAAAAGAAUAAGUGGCAACUACAUUAGGAUGAUGAGAUGCCAAUAAUUUCUUUGUUCUCCCACUUUCUUCCGCAAUUUUCGCAACUUAUUACCAUGGUGGUAUAUUUUUUUCAGGAUUUUCUGUGCGAAUGCAAACAAGUGAUGAUUUGUAUAUUUUGAAGUCUGUUAGUAUCUUCUUUUACCCCACUCCUUCUACUUAAUAAGAAGUUUAUAUAGAUUGACUUCACUCUGUUGUGAACAGGGUUAAAAAACUAAAUCUAAAUCGAUAAAAUAUUAAUAUAUUAUAAAAUAAUCAUAUAUUUAUAAACAUAUUUUUUAAAUUCAUCAUAUUUCAUUAAAUCUAAAUAUAAUGUCGAAGAUGAACUAGACAAUUAGUAAGAUUUUAUUCUUGAACAAAAAUAAGAUAGACUACUUGCUUGAGAAACAGUCCAACUGAUAUGCAACUAGUAGGAAUUGAACCUAAAAAUU